AUGCAGCAGUCAAGGACCGAAGAUCGCCUCCCAUCGCCCGACGCGUCGUCCACACCAGCGAGGAGGAGACGCUGCGCCAACGUCAGCUCAACUACGGGCCACCCAGCAGCCACUGAUGUGGUGGGAUCAGUCGGGGAAUGUGAUGGAUUCUUCCUGGAUCAAACCCCACCAGAAAUACCAGGAGUGUUGGAGGAUAAGAAAGUUAAGUACGAUCGCUACAAGCUCAUUUGCCAAAAAUACAACAACGAUAAGAAGUUCAUGACGCUCUAUGACACAGCUAAGAAGAUCCCAGUGUUUUCUGCAUAUAAAUACACAGGACACACACACUUCGACUCGCGAGUCCAAAGCCCAUGGACACUGGAGGAAGGGAUUGACGACCAGGCUACAGAAGAGGAGUACAGUGGAGCCAGAAACCCUGAUGAUUAUCAAAAAGGCCAUUUGUUUCCAGUUUCUCAUGCAAACACCGAAGAGGAUCAGAAAUCCACAUACAAGCUGACCAAUAGUGUUCCACAAGUUGGUUCUUUUAAUGUGGGAAGAUGGAAAGUAUUAGAAGGAAAUUUCAAAAAAUUUAUGGAUGAGAACUGUAUACAUGACACGACGAAACAGGUUGAAGCAUUUGUUAUAACUGGAGCGAUUAGUGAGGGUGAUAAGAAACUAGGGACAAUUACUGUUCCCGAUAGUCUCUGGACGGCAUUCUGCUGCAAAGUAGGCAAAGUAACGUUUCAAAAAGCAGCCUGGGAUACAAACAUAGAAAAUAAUGGACACAAGAUACCGUUCCAAACUUUAGAAGAGCUGAACAAAAAACUUCAGAUUUUGUAA